CCGUUACGGACCCCGAAAAAUCCAUUUGCCCCUCCAAGAACAGUCAUUAUUCAGCGGGGCACAGAGUUGAUCAGUAGACAGCCCUCUCAGAUCAAUCCAACUCAGUUUUUACACAACAUCAAUAAUAUCUUGAGAGGUAUUGCGACUUGGAGCAGCCGUUCCUCGUAUAUUAGCUGCCGAAGCACACCAACCGAAUACUACACUCUAUAUCGACGUCAAAAUGGUUCUGGCAAAGUCCAAGAACUCGGUCGGUUUGGGCAACGCCCUCAUGAACGAUCGCUUCGGUAAAGGCAAGGGAACCGACAGGAAGCGAACUUCUGCCAUCACCAGAACAAACCACGCCACAGGCGAACAAUAUCUUGUCAACGAGAAGAAGGAUGCUGCUUGGGUCAAGAUGCGCUCCGUUACGGAGCAAGGCGAUCUGGAUGAGUUCCUGGCCACCGCCGAGUUGGCUGGUACCGAUUUCACAGCCGAAAAGACCAACAAUGUCAAGAUUAUCCAUACAGACCAAAAGAACCCGUAUCUUCUUUCAGCGCAUGAGGAGAGAGACGUUCUUGGAAAGCACAAGCAGCAUAAAGGUCGUUUGACUGUCCCCCGAAGGCCCAAGUGGGAUUCUACAACAACACCUGAAGAACUGGACGCACGAGAGCGAGAGAGCUUCCUUAACUGGAGACGUGGCUUGGCCGAGCUGCAAGAGAAUAAUGAUCUUCUUAUGACACCUUUUGAGCGAAACUUAGAGGUUUGGCGGCAGCUGUGGCGAGUUAUCGAACGAUCGGAUCUUAUUGUCCAGAUCGUCGAUGCCAGAAACCCUCUCCUAUUCCGUUCUGAGGAUCUUGAGUCAUAUGUCAAGGCUGUUGAUCCCAAGAAAGAGAACCUUCUUCUCAUCAACAAGGCAGACAUGAUGACACCCAAACAGAGAAAGGCUUGGGCAAAGCACCUAAAGGAGGCUGGCAUUGCGUAUCGCUUUUUCUCCGCCGAGCUGGCUAAGGCAGAGAACGAGGCGAGGGAACUCGACGAUUCAGAAGAUGAGUCGCCUGCUGGGCCUUCGUCAGAAUCCGCCCAGGAGGAACAGGGCGAGGGUAGCGACCAAAAAGAACAAGAAGGUGCUCCAUUGACUCAAGACUUUGUGCAACAGAGCCAAAUUGAUAAAAAAGCAAACGCGGCAGAGGAAGCCGACGAUAUUGAUACACAGAUUCUUACAGUUCAAGAGCUGGAAGACAUCUUCCUGAAGCAUUCUCCCGCAGACGCAGGUUCGGAUCACAAGCUGCAGGUUGGCCUAGUUGGUUACCCCAACGUUGGCAAAUCCUCUACUAUCAAUGCUCUCAUUGGUGCAAAGAAAGUUUCAGUCUCUUCAACUCCGGGAAAGACCAAGCACUUCCAGACCAUUCACCUCAGCGAACGUGUCAUCCUCUGCGAUUGUCCUGGUCUUGUCUUCCCCAACUUUGCUACCACCAAGGCUGAUCUUGUUUGUAACGGUGUUCUCCCCAUCGACCAGCUUCGCGAGUUCCAGGGACCCGUGGGCCUCGUCACUCAGCGAAUCCCUCAACCUUUCCUUGAGGCAAUCUAUGGUAUUCAUAUCCGCACCCGAGCCAUCGAGGAGGGCGGUACAGGAAUUCCUACAGCUGCUGAGCUGCUCCGUGCAUAUGCCCGCGCCCGUGGUUUCCAAACCCAGGGUCUUGGUCAGCCAGAUGAGUCCCGCGCUGCUCGAUAUAUCCUCAAGGACUAUGUAAAUGGCAAGCUGCUAUUCGUUUCACCCCCUCCUGGAAUUGAGGAUGCGGCCGACUUCAACCGAGGGCUCUAUGAUGAAGAGCACCUCCCUGAGAAACGACGAGCUGCCCUAAGUGCCGCUAUGGAUCAGCUCUCAGUCAUCGACCCAGCCAGCAGCGAACCUUUCCUUGCCAUGGACGACGAUGCUGUUGACCUUGCCUCUACCAUCGAUGUUCCCCUACCUGCAGGCCCAAAGUCCAAGAAGAUCGACAAGGGUUUCUUCGGUCCUUCUACUUCUCAAGGUCACGUAAGCCGACCUUUCAACUACCAGUAUUCGGAGCAGGGUAAGGAAGAUCCUCUGGCGGGUAAACACCUGUCCGGCCGCAAAGCACGUACAGCGGUCGCUCUCGAGAAUGGCCUUGACCCCAAGGAGGUUCAGAUGGCGUCAAGCAAGAAGCACUUUAAGGGUAACCCUAAGGGUGGAAAGGGUAAACGUCGCGCUGCCCGCAGAGCAGGAGACGAUGAUGAUUGAGCUAAAGCGAAGGGAAAAGAGAAAACGGGAACUGAAAAUCGGAUACACUGGCAUUGAAGAGGAACAAAAGGUGGGCUUCGGAAACCGGGUGCAUUGGGUCUGGCAGAAAAGGAUCUUGUUAUGGGUAGGGUUUAGGACAAGCUAUGAUACUACACAUGUUUUGACCAUGACGGUCAGUUAUGGAAUCGAAAUGAACUUUUGCUUUUUAGGCUUGGAAUCAUUGUUAGAUUACGGCUCAGCAUCAGUGAUUACCAAAAUUACCUGGAUGGUUUGAUUGAUAUUUCACGUUUCUUCUGACUCACAUAUCUAAAUAAGUACUACGCUAAGAUCUCAUAACAAAUAGGAAAUAUGGGUAUUGACUGUCUACACUGUCCGCAGUUCGCCCAAGGAAAGACCGUAUCGUCGAAACAAAAGGAAAAAUUCAAAUGCUAAGUCCAUGUAUGAUGAGUCCCAGUGGUUCCCCAACUCCACAAAGCAAAAAUUUGCCCCCAUGAUAGUCGUUGUGGUGUGUUCAAUGCUCAGGUUCAUAGGUUCGUGGUCAAGUGCAAGUAUGUUAACACAAGAGUAAAGGCUUCGUUGCUCGUGCUGGUAUACCAGCUUCAUCUGACACUUCCCCGUGACUCUCUGCCUCCUCUCGAUUCUCGACCGCCUUUCGAUUCCCGACGGUCCUCGGAUUUGAGGAACAGUCGCUUUGUGCCACCAAUUCUACCGAGCUCACCAAACUGGCUGCUCGUUGAUGGCAGCCGACUUCGCUCGCCGCUAGCGAUUCUGACCUUUUCCUUGACACUUGCGACCCAUGCUUUGUUCUCCUCACUCAUCUCAACUUUCUUGCCUGUAGGCCCCGCAAGUCCAAGGAAAGAGCUCUCGUCUUCAUUCCAAUCAAGGUGAGAGUUGGACCGCGACCGGUUGAACACUUCUGAGGGAUCCUCCUCACCAAGCGCAGGGCCAAAGGCGUACGUUUUGGUAUUCAGCUUAGGUGCUUCACUACCCACGGCACCAAUGCUCCGUCGCGUCUUACGGACAGACAAAGGGGACAUAGGAGAUAAUUCAACCGCAGAUUGGGGUCGUCCAUUUGGACUUGAGCCCAUAUUAGACCUUGAUGCCCCAGGAGAUUCUGGAAGAACCUCGACUUUGGCGUUGGCUGUAGCAGAUCGGCGUUUGUGGUGGCUAGCAUACUCCUUGAGAUAUUCGCCUAGAUCUGCCCAGCCGCCACCCACACGAACCAUGACGCGUUCCCCCUGUUCGCCAACACAGCGAAUGAACAGUUUAAUUGGAGCCUCACCGGACGAACGAGAAAGAUGGUAGACCUUGAUCUCGUGGUGGCCACGGUUUCGUACCCUCGUGUUCUUGGCAGGCGAAAGGGUGAAUGAGGGCGUGCCAGCACGGGAUGAAAGAUUCGAAGCGCUUCUUCGGAAAGGCUCGAUGGAAGGCCUCUUUCUGAUACGUGGCAGCUGCACAUCCGGGGGAUUCAGGUUGACUCUCGAAGAAGAGUCAUUAGUUAGCUUGAUCUUGGCAGGUAUCGAGUCAAUGAUCUGACUGAUUUGUUGUUGCAGGUGCUGAUCGCCAACGCUGCUGCGGCGGUCGAAAGUAGUGGAGUACUCAGCGAUUGAGAAUGAAUCGUCAAAGUCUUCGUUGAACGAAUCCUCAAUUCGCAUAUUGGACAUAUCUAGAUCAUCGAUGUUCCGAUCUGGCAAUAGAGGGCUAUCCAGAGGUGCCAAAGAGGAUUCCCGUGAAUCCAUAGGUAACAUGGGCGGAGUACUGGGAGGGCUAGCCUGAGUGUACUCUGCUUCACGAAUUCGGGUUCGAGGAAUGUCAGGAGAAGCAGAUACCUCAAGUGGAUCACUAGAUAGGCCGCCGAAAUAGCUCGACGAAGGCUGAGUGACAGUAAGAGUCCGGGAUGGAUCAAUUUUCUGCCUUGGAAGAGGAAGAGGUCGAAGUGGUGGUAAUUCAGGAGAGAUAUCUCGAUCGAAAUGGUGUGUGAAGCUGUGGUCAGGUGUUUCGGGGUACUGAGUUGACAUUAUUGAGGAGUUAGAGUCUUGCUCGAUGCUUGGUGUUGGUAAUUGGGACUGGACUGGCAUUACGUCUCUGGUACCGUCAAAGGUGUGGUUCUCAUCCUCGUAGGAUUCGUCGACUUCUUCGAUGGGGAGAAACGAAGGGCUUUCGGGCUCACUCUCUGAUGACUGAUCUCUCCUAUACCACUCUGGUACAACUGUCUCGGACUCCGAAACGCCAGAAGGCACCCUAGCUUUCGUGGGUUCCAUAGCUGAGUUGUCGGAGCCAGUGACUGCCACUUUCUUGGGCGGUAGAAGCAACGGGAUGGGCACAACAACAGCCCCAGCUUUGACAGAGCUCUCAUCAUCGUUAUCAGAUUCAUCGUCAGUCAAACUGUCAACGAGUGUAGUAGACUUGUCAGAUGCAGUGUUGUAUUUCACUGGUGAUGGAGAGCGAGGAGGCCACGAUGGUUCGGGAGGAGCAGUCCUUUCAGUGUGUCUGAUCUUCCUCUCACAUACCACAACCCAUUCACCGUAGCUCGACUCUACAGCUUCCAUUCGAUCCAACCAAUCACCGGGGAGCGUGUCAGGUAGUCCUUCCAAGCAGUCUAGCAUAUAAUCAAGCGACCGGCCAGGACGGACGAUUAGUUCGCCGAGAUGCCCUUUCAUCACAUCAAAUGUAUUUCUCGUAAGUGCUGAAUCUUGCAACGGAGUGUUGUCGUCUUUCUUGGGUGUGUCUUUUGUGGGAAUAGAAAUGGCCUUAAAAGCAGAUUUAAGCGCAACUUCAGCGUCCUCAAGGGCAAGUAGAACAGUUGGUAUGCGACGCAGAGCGCAAAGUCGUAGGUUCCAAGUGUGUAGUAAACGAGUCAACCUAUCCAAGACGGGCAGCGCCUUCAGAACAAUCGCAGUAAUCACUGCAGUGUGGUCCUCCAUGCGAUUAUAGCUGGAACGCGAUAACUGACCAGCUCCAGUGAAUUCAGCAAGUGGUGUACCUGGUCUGGAUAAGGGAAGGAUAUGAUGGUUGAGGACAUGGACUUUAAUGUCUUCGAGAUCAAGGUCUGACAAAUCACGCUGAAUUUGAGCCAGCCUCUGCUCAUAUUUUGACACAUCUCGAGCAAGCAAACUCCCCAUCCACUGAUCCUCGUCGUCUCCUGGGACGGUAAGUUGCAUUGAUCUUCGUUUGCGCUCUUCGUUGCUGGGCAUUAGAAACCCAGCAGACCCCGGUUCGGAGGGCCACGGCCAAGACUGAAGUUCCUCAAACCAUCCCCAGAUUUUGUAUGACGCAAGAGCGGUGCGAUUGAUGAAAUCUCGCUCCUUAGAGGAGGCAUUGUCCAAGGACGUGCGAAGGGCGCCAGUGGCUGUGUUCAGCGCAUCGACGACAGUAGCAGGACCGAGAUUCACAAUAAUAUCUUCAGUAAGUUUGUUCUUCGGAGCCGGUGAAGUGGCGGCGGGAUCGCGCGCCUGCUUGGCGACUUGGGCGUUGAGAUCGGUCAUGGUUAUUAUCCAGCAGACAGACAGGCUCGAAUCGGGUGGAUGGAUCGUAGAAUCAUGAUCUGUUUAGGAACCUGGGGACAUGUCGAUGGGGCGGGGAUGAGUGGAGGUUUUGAUGCCCAUAUCGAAGAAGAUAUGUCAGAAAUUGUGUCGUCAGAUAGGUCGCUGUCAGGUCGGAAAAGUCCUUGUGGUGUUUGCUAGUUAAUGCGAUCAGGUGGAGCUUCUUUGUUCAAAGGGUGCAAGGUUUCAUGCAGGUUGGAAGACCGCUCAGUUACGAAUUAAAGAAGUGAAGCUGUGUGGCACAGAGUCGCGCAACUGAAGAAGCUCUUGGGCUUAAGGGAAAGGGAAAAAAGCAAGUUGAAAGUGGAUCCGAAGAGGUAAGGAGCGACAAAGAGGGCCUUUGGAAGGCCACUCUGGGAGCUGAAAGGGAACGAAGCAAUCGCCGAUGGGAGAUGGCGGUCAAAGAGUUGCGCAAAGAAGAGUUGAGUUUGACGUGGUUUGGGUUGACGUGUGAGGUUCCUGUGUGGGCCACGGUCGCGUUGCGUUUCGUUGCGGAGGCCUGUAAUAAAUGAGGUUUACACUGAAUUGGCGGCAAGGAUGGGGCUUGCGUAAAUAGCUUGUCGUAUUUAGCGCCCUGGUCAAAUGAAUCCAAAACCACUGGUUCGUCACCCACGAUUCGUGACCAUGGAUAAGAAGGAAAAAGAAAGUCGGUUCGAUUGACCGGAUGCCCUGUGCGCAAUGUAGUGAAAUAGAAACGCUGCUCAAACAGAGUAUCGUCAAUUUGACGUCGUUGGAACUUUGCAAGAGCUAGGCUGUUGGUUGGCACGAUGGAAUGGCCGGAUCUGGACAAGAUCUUGUUUAGAGAAACCGGUAAGAGUCUGAGUACCGAGUGAACAAAAGGAUGCAAACAGUAUGCACAGCUGAGGUACAGAGAUAAAAACAAUAAUUAUGAUAAAUGCGUUGAAGAAUCAGCUUUAAUGACGUUGGACGAUGAGCUUCGGAGCUGCGACCACUUUGCUUGAAGGGAGGGAUAUCAGUCAAUGAAAGAGCAAACUCAGGGAAGAUGAAGCGGCAACGAAAGGUACAACGACAAUUGACGGAUCAGGUAUAAUGCAAAGAUGCCAAGAAUACAAAGAAUAAUAACCAUAGUCGCAAGAUUUAGUCAAGGAAAAGAAGAUAUGUUGGAGUGGUGAUUGUUGAGAGGCCUACGUUGUAAGGAAGAGAAAAUGAGCUCG